UUAAUUUUCUCUUUCGGUGAGUGUCAUAUGCUUAGUAAUUUGUAAUUGAACGAGAUCCUCGCUCCUUUGUAGAAGUGGACAAGCAUUACAAGAUAAAUAUAGGCAACAAAGAACACCUUGUCCCUCAUUUCUCAAUAUUAUUUCUUCUAAAUUCCUCAUCCAUCCCUUUCUACCACACAAUUGCUUGAUGCAUCUUUCCAGUAGUUCAGAACCAAGGCAACAUGGUACUCAAAGUGCUGGUCUUGUGGAUUGAUUGAUGAUUAGCAAUUUCACUGCUUGAAGAAGCAGCUUUGAUAGUUAGUUUAGUAGUUUCUAUGGUUUGGGAACUCAAAAAGCCUUUGAUGCUUCAAGUUUUAGUGUAGAGCUUAUUAGCUUUGUUUAAAUGAAAGCCAUGACUUUGGAUAAUCCAAAGAGUUCUCCCAAUGAGUCUCCAAGUCCAAGACCUCUUUCUUGGAUUGUGGUUUUCUUGGGAGUACUUGCAUUGUUCUUGAUUUGUGCUUCUGGAAUUCUUGCCUCAUACCCAGUUGGCUCCACGGUUCGCCAGUAUUUCUACGGCAUAGAUCGUUCGAGAUUUUAUGAUAUAUCAGUUUUUCCAGUUCAUGAAAGUUCCACUGAUGUUUCCUCCAAUGAACCAUCCUCAAGUGAUAGGAAGGUAGCGAAAACUGUUAUCGAAUUAAAUUCACAAGAACUCUCUAGUGAAUCUGCUUCAUCAGAAUAUACAGAAACCAGUACUGAUAAGGUUGAUAGCAACCUGCAUGCUCAAUCUGAUUUAACUUCGAAUUUGCCUCUGCCAGUGGCUGGUACUAUUUCUUCCAAUGUGACUGUUAAUGUUACAAUUGAGGCACCUCCAGACUCAGUAUCAACAGCAGUUCCAGCCUCAUCUAAUGAAUCCUAUUCUGGUUCUGUUAAUUCAGGCUGUAAUCUAUUCCAUGGAACGUGGUUACAUGAUUCGUUGGGACCGUUAUACAGGAACGAUUCGUGCCCCGUAUUGACACAAAUGGAGAAUUGCCAGGGUAAUGGGAGGCCUGAUAAGGAUUAUGAGAACUGGAGAUGGAAGCCCUUUCAAUGUGACAUCCCUCGUCUCGAUCCUAGGAAGUUUUUGGAGGUGAUGAGAGGCAAGACAUUGGCUUUCAUUGGGGAUUCAGUUGCUCGAAACCAGAUGGAAUCAAUGAUGUGUAUUCUCUGGCAGGUAGAAACACCCAAGAACAAUGGAAACCGAAACAUGCAGCGAUUUUAUUUUAAGUCCACAUCUGUUACUAUUAUCCGAAUAUGGUCCUCAUGGCUAGUCAAGCACAGUUCUGAACCAUUUGAUUAUGCGCCGGAAGGUGUGGAUAAGCUCUUUCUCGAUAUCCCUGACCAGAAGGUCAUGGAAUUUCUCCCAAAAUUUGAUGUGGUUGUUCUUUCCUCCGGCCACUGGUUUGCCAAACAGUCAGUGUAUGUCUUGAACAAUGAGAUAGUAGGAGGGCAAUUGUGGUGGCCAGACAAAUCUCGGCCGAUGAAGAUCAACAAUGUUGAAGCAUUUGGUAUAUCUGUUGAAACAAUGUUUACUGCUCUUGCAAUGCAUCCAAAUUUCACAGGACUUGCAAUUCUUCGUUCCUAUUCGCCGGAUCAUUUCGAGGGUGGCGCUUGGAAUACCGGCGGAUCAUGCACCGGGAAGGUUAAGCCUCUUGGACUUGGUGAGUUGGUGGAAAAUGGCGAUACAAAUGCAAUGUAUGAGCAACAGGUUAAAGGUUUUAAUCAUGCAUCAAAGAAGGCAACAAAUGGAUCAAAGUUGUUGUUCAUGGAUAUCACUGAAGCCUUUAGUUACCGGCAUGAUGGCCAUCCUGGUCCCUUCAGGAAUAAAGCCCGGAAUAAGAUCACGGUGCGCGGCCCGGACGGAAAGCCGCCGCCACAGGAUUGCUUACAUUGGUGCAUGCCAGGUCCUGUAGAUACUUGGAAUGAGAUUUUGUUUGAAAUGAUUAAGAGAGAGUUUGAAGGUGGUAAUGCAUCAUGAGAUAUUUAUACCUGUCUCAGGACUAAGACUAGUCCAUUCUUUUCUUUUUAAAUCUUCUUAAAGUAUAUUAUAUAGAGAAAUUUAUCCUUUUUUUUUAAUAUAAAGUUUAGGAUGAUAAGCAUCUAGCUUAUACCCAUGUCUGUUCAUGAGUAAUGUUGUAUGUUCCACAUAAGUUCA